AUGGCGAGUGUACCCGGUGUCCCCGUCGGGGCAGGGGAGAUAUCGGUCCCCGAGUCCUCGAGCUCCGCGUCCCUGUCUAUCAAGGCAGAGGCCACGGAUCUGUCCGGGCUCUGGCCUGUCGGCGUGUGCGUCAUCCUCGUCGGAAGCUUUGCAGGAGCCGUAGGCGACAUCCUGAUCCGCCGCUCCUUCCUGCGCAUGGGCGGGUGUCUCCGCCUCGGCAGCGUCGUAAAGAACCCCGGCUGGGUCUGGGGGAUGCUUCUCACGGCUGUUUUGGACCCCAUCAGCACUUUUGUAGCCCUCCUCUUUGCGCCAGCAACGAUCGUCGCGCCCUUCGCUGGCAUGCACAUUUUCUGGGGCUGUUUGCUCGCGGUCGUCUACUUGAAGGAGCGCAUGCGGCCGUGCGAUGUCGCGGGGGCGGCGCUGAUCAUCCUGGGGAUUACGCUCAUCGUCAUCUUCUCCGGGAAAGACCAGGUGAUCUCCUCGGUACCGGAUUUCGCGCACUACCUCCCUCUCCCUGGCGCAAUCGCUUACAUGUGCAUCUUCAGCUCUGUCUCGCUCGUCGCCAGCCUCUUGUCGGCGGACAGCGCGAUUGCGCGCCUCUUCCCGCCUGCGCGGUACCCCGGCCUCGGCGUGUCUGUUCAACGUAUGGCCCUUUCCUGUGCAUCGGGCAUCGUGGGGGGAGCGACAAACAUCGGGGCGAAGGCGCUCGUCAUCGCCCUCACGGGCUUUUUCGCCCACCCCAAGGAGACUCUCUCGUCCUGGUCAACUUACCUCAUUGUCUUUCUUGCUGCCUUCCUCGGCCUCUUCCAGCUGUACUACUUGAACAUGGCGCUGCGCAAGUACGAGGCGAGCUACGUGGUUCCCAUGAUCAACUCGUUUUUGAUCGCGUCCGGUUCGGUAGGCGGCAUCCUCAUCCUCCAGGAACACCCCGACAACUGGGCCGCCUUCUUCUGCGGGCUCGCCCUCGUGGUCUGCGGUGUCUUCGUCUUGUCGGGGAGCAAGGCGACGAGCGGCGGCGGGUCAGCUGGCCCCUCAGGGCCUUCCGGACCGCGCUUGCAGGCCUCGAUCGCAGCAGGCGAGCUCGUGCGCCUUGCCAGCUUCAUUUCCUUUGGCGACGGCAGCGCAGGAGACGCCUACGAGUCCAAGGACUCCAGGCGCCUGCCGGUGCAUCUCGAAUCCGGCGAGAGACGGGGUUUUUCCGGGGACCAGCGGAGCGUGUCCCUGAGAGAGUCCGCGGACCCGGGUAAAACGCGCUCGAGGAACGACAGAGGCGAGGCCGGAGCGGGGAAACCGGGACACAGCGGCAUCGAGUGCUCACGCGAAGAGACACCCAGAAGAACUCAGUUCGCAGAGAGGACGCUGGAGGAGGUUGAGACGCGACGGGGACGAGCGGCGUCGCCGGACCGGGGAAUCGCCGGAGCGAGACACCGAGACGAGGAAGAAGAUCUCGAGUCUGCCGCGUUUGGUGCCGAUGAUGAAGAAGCGAGCGUCCCCGCGGCUCUCCGCAGAGAUCAGCCGCUCGUUCAAGGGGCGGCUGUGGCGUCUUCGUCUGAGGAAGAAGACGGGAUUGAGGCGAAUACUGCGGCAAGCGCCAAGACCUCAGGCAGGAAGAAAGGAGAUGCGAGGAUAGAUUCCGACGGUUUGCUCGUGCCGACCACGCGCUGUGGGUCGCCUCUUCGCCAGUGCAACCACGGCGACGUCUCGCCGACUUCCCUGCGAAUCCUCCGUGGGGCGACGCGCGAGUGUUGUGCGGGGGCGCAGCAGGGAUGUGGAGACGGAACGGCGCCGAACGAGGCGUCUAGACAGCCAGCCGAGAGGAGAUGCAGAGAAAAGCCUGCGCCGGGCGGAGUAGCCACUUCCCCACUUCUUUCCAGUCGGUCCAGACAUUCAAAGUGCCUGAAGCAAAGUGACGCAGCGGAGGCUCCAUCUUCGACAGCUGCAGCGACGUGGGGCUGCCCAGCGAGGGGACGAAAAGAUCGAGUCCAGGACGAAGUCGGGAGAGACCGGGGACCGGAAGAUCGACAGCAGGUGGAGACAGGACGGCCGUCGUCGAGCACGAAGGAUCUCGCUGGCCGGGGAAGUGUCUCCGGGGAAAGACUACCCGCAUUCGCGUUGGACAGAUUUCGAAGACACAAUACAACGGAGACCGAAGGCUGUCACGGAAGAAAGGCACCGCCCAGCAAUCCAGGGGGUGUUUAUACAGAUUUUGACGGAGACUGGAGAGCAGAGACCGCAAGUCGAGAGUGUUAUGGUGGCUUUCGGGGAACGCAAUCGCAUGCUGGAGGCGGCGGAAGGAGGUUACGCUCUGCGUCUAGGAACGCCGAAAACCACUACGGUGUCGAGUCUGUGUCCUCUUUGACGCGAGGAAACAGUGGGAGAUACACGCCAAGGGGAGGCGUCGCGCCGCGGUGA